CACAAACCCUCCAUGAACAGCAAGAGGCAACACCGGUUUCAUUGAUUCAGCUUUAUCUGUCUUGCUGCUCCUAUGUCCACCAGCCUAAUUGAGUUCAGGUCUUUAAUUCCUGCUUCGAAAUCCUCUUAAGCUCCUGGGGCUAUUUCUGAGAGGGUCACCAUUAUGAUCCUUACUUAUUCUUAGAAAACAGCCACUAGCCCUGCCCAUUCAUCACACAUGCUGUGUCUUAGACAAUUGAAAGGACAAGCCACUGCAAAACAUUACAAGUGGAGCUGUCAGUAACAGUAAAAAUACCAGGAGGCCUAAAAGAAACGGGUGACUUUUAAACAAGCUGUCAAACCCAGUUAUGGGUGAGGAAGAGCUGCCAACAACCCACACAGGCCCCAAGGGGGUGAUCAAUGAUUGGAGGAAGUUUAAGCUGGAGAGCGUGGACCAGGACUCCAUGCCCCCCAGCAAGCGGGAGCUGCUCCGGCAGAUGUCCUCCACCCACAAGGAGGGAGGACCGGACAAAGGACAUCGCAAGAUGAGCGCACAGGAGUACGAGCUGAUCAAGGAGGAGGAUGAAAAAGAUCUGCGCAGGUAUCGCAGGCAGUGCAUGCAGGAGAUGCGCGACCGCCUGAGCUUCGCACCCAAGUUCGAGGGCGUGCAGGAGCUGGAGAGCGGCGAGGCCUUCCUGGAGGUCAUUGAGAAGGAACACCACCUCACCACCGUUGUGGUGCACAUCUACGAGGCUGAGGUCAAGGGCUGCGAGGUGCUCAACAACUGCUUCACCUGCCUGGCAGCAGAGCACCCCACCGUCAGGUUCUGCAAGAUCAAGGCCUCCAGCACGGGAGCGGCCGACAGGUUCUCGAACGAUGUCCUGCCCACCAUACUGGUGUACAAAUCCGGCGAGCUUCUGGGAAACUUCCUGUGUGCCACCCGCCACCUAAACGAGGAGUUCUUUGCAGUCGAUGUGGAAGCGUUCCUGAAUGAGUACGGCCUGCUACCAGGGAAGGAUUUCAACCCUGAAGGCAAUAAUGAGGAGGAGGCUGAUGUGGAAUGAGGAGAAGGCUCUAUCAAGUGGGCCUCUCAGAGAAUAAGUUUCAUUAUUCUUCCUUAUAGCAAGCAGAGUCUGGUAGGCAAAUACUGUUCUCCAUUAAUGAUCGAGAAUACUGUGAGUGAUCCACACUAAAUGAGAGCCUUUCCGUAUUUUCCCUGAGAGGUAAACAGGUCAGCCUAAUAUUAUAGACAAUGCAUUCUGUAUUUACUUAGCGUUUUCUUGGUUUAUGUAAAUAGUUCAUAUUUUUACAUAAUUAUAACAUUGUUUUCCAUUUAAGCAGCUUUCUGAAGCAAUUUAGCAUAUAAACAUUACUCAAGGAGACAGCAUUAGUGUCCAUGCACGGAUUUACAUAUACAUGCAGCAGGGCCAGCAGAAGCACUGGGAAAACUGGGAAGUUGCCCCGGGCGCAAGACCACUAGGGGCACCAGACCACUAGGGGCGCCAGAUCACUCGGGACCACGCGUGUUGAGUUUUUGCUGUCAUAAAUAGGAGUCAAUGUACAAAAUAUUUUGCAUUAGUUUUUACAUUUGUUUUUAAAAAAUCUAUUUUGAACUAUUAAGUUUUUUUUCUUAAUUUUUAAAAAAUUUGUAGUAAGGGGGGUUAUCCCUAUUUUGCCCAGAGCACCUGAGCAUCUUGUCCAGCCCUAAAUCACAUAUUCUAGGAACACAACAUAAACUGGUGAAAACAUUAGUGCUGUAAACAUUCCAAAUGAAGCUGUUUCCUAUAGAUGAGUUCUCUUGUGACAUCACACUGUAUUUGCAUUGCACAGACAGGGGUCAAAAGAUUAAGCAGAGACUGUGUAACUUCAGUGGCAUCUAUAUAAUUUAUGAACAUAUAUGUAAAACUUUUUUAAAAUGCCACAUAACUGCAUUCAUAGUCAUAGUUGUAAUUGAUAUCAUACCUUUGAUUAUCUCUCCCAUCAAGAAAAACACAACUGGCUUGAAUCUCAUAUUGCAGUUUUAUUGUUGAUAAAAUAAUGCAGAAGAGGUAGAUGCUUAAAAACCUGAGUAUUCCCUGUUUCAAUUGCCCCUGAGCUGCGAAUGCUCUCUGCAUUGUUUAUAAACAGAAGCUCAUCUAUAGUGCCUAUUUAUUGCCUAUAAGGAACUGCACUUCCCAGUGUGCAUUGAGAAGUCAGUCCCAGCAUUCAUUAUGUACUGAAUUCUAGAGACUGUUUACAGACAAUAAUGCUAAACCAGAUAGACCUAAACAACCCAAAGAGAAAAGGCUAAUUAAAUAAAACCACAUCAUGUGUAUGGCUUACAGCUUAUAGCCUAUUAAAAACAUUGGCAUUUAGAAAUGCUUCUAAUUGGUUUGAAGUUGCAGUUUUGUCAUUGAUUAAAAGUUUCCAAAAGAUUUCACCCAAAAAUGUGUUUUUAACAUAAUAAUUUAAAUGUGAAAUCAGUCUCGUUUUCUUUUAUUAAAAUCACUAUUACCUUACCAAACACUGGACUUCAUUAUACAUACGUUGAUCAGUGGAUCAUUCCCUUAAACAUGAAUACCUUACAGCCUGAAUUAAAAAUUAUAUUGUUGCAGCAUUUCUGGAAUUAAUGUUGAUUUCAUUGAAUAAUCUGAAUUUUUUGUUCAAUUGAAUGUCUAUGAAUUCAUUACUUAUAGUAAUCUAUUUGAAAUAUUUUUUGGAGUAUCAUUAAGAAUGACAAUAGUUUGCAAUAUGCGAUGCAAUACUUUCAGUUGCAGUGAAUGACAUUACAUUCUAAUAUCAUAUAACAGAUCAGGUAUUUUGCCUGUGCUCCCUCAAAGUGUGUGCUAGAAUUGGCUAUUGGCAUACUAUAGCAAUUCUUGAGCUGUACUCAUUUUAUCUUCCAUUAAGCUUUAUGUUGCUUUUCAGUGUUCACUUGUUGUUUUGUGCAUAGGUAUUUUUAGUGCAUUUUACCUUGGACACAGGUCUCAGUAUGUGAUGUUCAUUGAUGAUUGAUCUCUUCGCUGAAAAUUUGCGUAAGUUCCUGUUUUACAUGGUGGUACAACAAAGCCAGUUACUGUAUAUGUGAUAACUGCAUUUACUACUGUCGCAUGUGCUUAUUAACCAAGUAACCAAGACUGUUUCUAUUUUUUUUCUCAAUGUUGUUGUUUGCAGAUGUAAAAACUUGAUUAUUGUGCUGUCACAUUUUGGGUCUGGCCGUACCUUUCUGAAAAUAUGGAAUCCAAUGUAAACUGUAUUGAAACAUCAUACAAUAAAAUGUGGGUCAUUAAGUGUGUGA